GAAAAGACUACUUAUUAUCAUGUCUCUGUCCCCGUCAGUCCGGUACGCUCGUCUCGAAGAUGUUUCCCUUAUUUUGCAUUUUAUCCAGUGUGCAGCAGAAGAGCAAGCUCCUGGGACCAAGAUAGCUGCAACCGAGGACAGUCUCGCUAAGACGCUGCACUUUGGGCCACCUUCAGAUUCAGUGACACAAACAACCCCUCGCUUUGCAUGGGCGCUUCUCAUCUUUUCUCCAGACCAACAGUCUGCUGGCCUGCUGAUUUAUUUCCAUAACUAUUCAACCUGGAUGGCAGCCCCCGGCGUAUGUUUGGAAGAGUUAUAUGUUGUGCCCGAAUAUCGGCGUCAUGGAUACGCACAGAUACUGAUUGAAACGAUGGCAUCCGUAGCGGAAGCAGCAGGUUGUAUCAAAAUGGACUGGGUUUGCCUUUUGGAUAAUGAGAAAGCGCUUAGGUUCUAUGACAAACUAGGUGCGAAACGAAUGAAAGAUUGGACUGUAUUAAAAGUUGAUAAAACCUGCAUGCAGGAGCUGGCCGCUAGAGGGAAACAGUCUGGCGUGUGUAUUGAACUUGACAGUACAAAUAUCUGAUCAUGGGUAAAACGGUCCCAUUUCCCAG